GCGUAAGAUGAGUGUAUGGCUUCAAACCUACUGGGGUUGCGCCGCUAUCAUUUAUCAACAUGUCUCCCGGCCACUUUAGGAGCAGCUGUUUUUCCUCGGUGUGAUGUUGUGAGGGAGGCCGCGCUAGAACUGGGACAAGAUGACGGACGCCCAAGGCGAUCGCUGUCCGGACCAGUUGAAUAAAUUCGAGAAGCUGACAGGCAGGCCGCUGCACGGCCGUCGUACUCCCCCCGCCCGCAGUGGCCACCGCUGCGUUGCCGACAACACCAACCUCUACGUGUUCGGGGGGUACAACCCGGACUACGACGAGUCAGGGGGCUCCGAGAACGAGGACUACCCGCUGUUCCGGGAGCUGUGGAGGUACCACUUCGCCACGGGCCGAUGGCAGCAGAUUCAAACAGAGGGCUACGUGCCCACGGAGCUGGCCUCCAUGUCAGCUGUGUUGCACGGUAACAAUCUGCUGGUGUUUGGCGGCACCGGGAUCCCCUUCGGCGAGAACAACGGCAACGACGUCCACGUUUGCAAUGUCAAGUACAAGCGGUGGUCGCUGCUCAACUGUCGCGGGAAGAAGCCCAACAGAAUCUAUGGACAGGCCAUGGUCAUCAUAAAUGGCUUUCUUUACGUGUUCGGGGGGACAACGGGCUACAUAUACAGCACAGACCUGCACAGGCUGGACCUGACCACCAGGGAGUGGAUCCACCUCAAGCCCAACAACCCCCCAGAUGACCUACCCGAGGAACGGUACAGACACGAAAUAGCACAGGACGGACAGAGGAUCUACAUCUUGGGAGGUGGGACCUCCUGGACAUCUUACCCUCUGGACAAGAUUCACGCAUAUAAUCUAGAGACCAAUUCCUGGGAGGAGAUUGCAACAAAACCUCAUGACAAAAUAGGGUUUCCCGCGCCUAGAAGAUGUCACAGUUGUGUCCAAAUACGAAAUGAUGUAUUUAUCUGUGGCGGCUACAAUGGCGAGUUGAUAUUGGCUGACCUGUGGAAGAUCAACUUGCACACGUUCCAGUGGAGCAAGCUGCCCGCCGUGAUGCCCGAACCGGCCUACUUCCACUGCGCCGCCGUGACGCCGACGGGGUGUAUGUACAUCCACGGUGGCGUGGUGAACAUCCACGAGAACAAGAGGACCGGAUCCCUCUUCAAGAUCUGGCUGGCUGUGCCCAGCCUGCUGGAGCGGUGCUGGGAGAGGCUCCUCCAGGCCUUCCCCCACCUCGCCAACUUGUCCACCAUGCAGUUGCUCAACCUGGGGCUCACACAGGAACUGAUUGAGCGCUUAAAAUAACAAACUUGGACCGCCAAGGAGUGAAAGGAGUCAUUCCUUCUCUGCCAAAUACUAUGGGAUGCCUUCUUUUGGCCCAUUUUUCAUGAUUUUUUUAUUUUUUUGCACUAAACGUGAUCAUUAUGAAAAUUAUGGAUUUCCUCUCUUUGCCAUCCUGCAUAGGACAAGUUGCCUUUUUUUCCGCUUCUCAUCCCGUCAUCAUCAGUUGGAAUUACUUUACUUUGCCAAAUAAUGACUUGCUUCUCAAAUUUAAAAAACUAAACAAUUAAAUCCAGUACUGUAUUACACUUGUAAUACUGAAAAGACUGUGCAGAGGAUGGAGCAUGUAUAUUUAUUGGAAGAACUCGCACACACCAUCUUGCAUUGAUUUUUAGUUUUCAAAGCGGCACACUUUUUUGUUUUUUUGCUUACGAACUUAUUAACCAUCACUCACAUUACAUGUAAUUUAAGCAGAUGUUGCUCCCUCUUUUGGAAGAUGUGUAAUUAUUGAAGGGGAGUACAUUUUAAUUUCCCCCCAUAACCGUGUAUGCCGAGAGGGGAUUUAAAAAUGCAUUAGGGAACAGUUAAGAUCUGGAAUUUGUUGCAUACUUGCAACACGUGCAUUUGUUUUUCUUUAAGUCACAUGUCACUGUGAAUUUGGUGCUCCAUUAGAAAUCAAUUUUAAAUGCUUUUAUCUGAAUAAAGUAUAACGGUCUCUCA